AGCUCAAAAAUUAAAAUGUGAAGUUCGACACAACAGGUUUCUUGUUUAAAACAACCGAUUUAUUACCAAAAUAAACGGAUCAACUGGAAAAUAUUUAGCACAGAAUGGCUUCUACAUCGACGCUAACUCCAAAGUUGAGGCAUGGUUCUAAUUUGGCAGUAUCAUCACCUUCAACGCCAACUGAUUUUCUUUCACCAGCGAGUCAAAUAAGAAGAGUUCGACCAGUUGUUUUAGCUUCACAAGCUGGUACGUUAGCGGAAAACGACGAUGCUACGGAAAAACAACAACGACAAAAGUCGAGGCUUACCUCUUUGCAAAGCCCUGCUUCGAUGACUCCGAAAUCGGCCAAUAGAUUGAAUUCAGUUCCGGAAAGCUCAGGAAUUCCAGUGAAUGGGAGGGCAAAAUUGACAAACAUUCAACUGAAAGAUUUGUAUUCCAACUGUUUAAAACUGUCCACAGAAAAUAAAAUUAAUUCAAAGAAUGCUUUUGGUCUGCAAUUAAUCGAUUACAUGCAAGAAUUUCUGACCAAUGUUGAUAAAGAUGAGGAGGUUACAAACUUUCAGAUUGCCAGUUGCACUUUAGAUGCUGGUGCCAAGAUUUAUGCAGGAAGGGUUGAUUCUAUCCAUGCUCAAGCAUACAAGAUGUUGGGGGGUUUAGGACGAGCUGAAAAUUCUAAUGAAGAUGGCAAUGAAGGUGGUGAGAGUGGUGAUCCUCAGGAUCAAAAUGUGCAAAUUACCAAGAAGAAAAAAUCACGCAAGUCUGCAAAGGUUAUUGAAUCAAAUUUGAACAAUCUAAACACUAACCAAUUCGACAUGCAUUUUGAGGUUGAUCCAUUGUUCCAGAAAUUAUCAGCAACAUUUGACGAGGGUUGUACGAGCGGUUUACUAUUAAACCACCUCAUCCGAAGAGAUGAUUACUGCGAGACACUUUUCGACUCCAAGACUGUACCUCCAACCACCAUCUCUGAUUUCAAUCCUGGAAAUUCUCAGACGGUUGAUCUGCACGAUAUGAAAGAUUUGAACAUAAGGCUAACAUCCCCAACCAUCCAGAUUUGUCCCCAGUAUGCGGAAUUUUCCUUCACAAACUGGGACGUCAAUGCUGAGACUGCCAAAGAAAAUGAAAUAUCCUCCAACGAAACUGAUGAAAAUGCAUUUGAUAUGAAUGCACCGGGUCCAGCGCCUUUCGAUUCUGAUAAUAAUCCGAAUGGUGACGUAUUUGACGACGAUGGUGACUGCGGUGGUUUCGAUGACAAUGGAAUUGACGAGGGUCUCGGAGUGGGAAACCCAGAUAUUUCUAGCAAUGUUUUUGGUUUUGCCAACGGUCAAGAAGCACGCUUACUCUUACCUGGGGAAUCAAGGCCAAACCAGACAGUUUUGCCUGGUGAAACAGAUCUUGGAACGUUCAUGUUAUCACUUCAGUCAUCGGAAAACGCCAAUGAAUAUUCGUACAGUAAUUUGGCAAUGUGGGCUGGUCCUGCACAGUGGAGGAGUCGAGCUCAGAUGGACGCUCUUAAAGGUUUGAACAAAGGAAAUUCAAAACGAAAAACGACAACGCGAAAGAAAGUUUUCAGGAUUGAAUUCGAUGCAACUCACGAUUUCAAGAAACUGUUUUCCAAAGGAAGAGCAGGGACAGUGUUGUCCAAGACGUCGAUGGAUAAACGUGCUUCAUUGCAAAAAACUUUGCCGGAAGAUCUUCAUUACGAGUUCAACAACCUUAUGAAAUUGUUCCUCAAGACUAAACUAAUGAUUCGUCGACAGUAUGGUCCGCAGACCACCGCUCUCCCAGACGAUGGAAAUGCCAGCAAUUGGUACAAUUAUGAAAACGAAAAUGAUUGUGCAAACUUCUGCCCUGCUGGAACACAGGAUGACGACGAUGAUGUAUUCGGGUCCGAAGAGGUUGGAGGUUUCAAUGAAUUAUCGCAGGAAAUGAGUCAGACGAUCGGUUCGUUUAACAAUGAGACCGUGUUUCAGGGUGACAAUCUCGUUGCUCAACCAAACAAGGUGCAGAAGAUCGACAUUGCAUAUUCAAAAACAGCUAAGAAAAUUGAUGUAAAGAAAGUGAAGAGAGCAAUGUGGGACAUUAUUUCAUCCACUUCUUCCAAUGCAGACAAGGAAAAUAUGCCAGAGAAUACUGUUGCUGAGGAUUUGGCAAAAAAGAGCGUAACAAAGCCAUGUAACUUUACUGACUUGUUCCACACAAUGCCCAAUAAAAUAUCCAAGCAAAUGGCAAAGAAUCUGUCCAUUCCUAUCGCUUUUGUGUGUUUACUUCAUUUGGCAAAUGAAAAGAAUUUAAAACUUGAAGGCCAUGCAUCAAUGGAUGACUUUGUUAUCACUCAAGGUGUCUAACAGCAACUGAAUUUGGUGGAAUUGUAACAAUUUUGUUCAUUCUUUCCUUGUUUAAUUUACUAAAUGUAAUACCUA